AGCACAACCACAUCACACUCAACGGGGUUUCAUUGUCAGUAACCAACCAGCUCACAGCCAGCCCACUCUGCCGCAUCCGUGUGCAUCCGUUUGCACGUUCGUCUGUGACGUGUUCACGUUUCUUCUAUGUGUUUACAUCGCCGUUUAUUUUUCUUUCGCUUUUGUUUGUGUUUUUCUUUCAUUCGCGGUGUGAGUGUGGUUUUACUUUCAUUAGCUUUUUCUUAAUUUUGGAUUGCCUAGCUUACCUGCUUCCGGUGCCGAAAAUAGGGGAGGAAAAAUCAAUCGAAUAUCAAAGCAAUCAGCUUGACGAGUGAAGAAAAUCCGAUCGUGAAGUUACGAUUACGAGCGCAGAGAGAAAAAGGGGAGGGGGAAAUAACAUCCAGAGGAAAUGGAAAAGUGCUCAUUGAAACUGAGCAAAGAAUGCAAAGAUGAAAAGAGAUAAAGGCGAGAUAAAAAAUAGACACAAAAUAGAUACGGAACUGCAACAGAGCAAAGAAGUCAAUAAAACACCUCAACAGAGACAAGAGCAGAAAGCGAGAGAGAGAGAGUCAAAGACAACAUACAUACACGCGCUUCAAACGUUUAUAAAUAAACCAACUCACCCGUCAGGUGUCGCUUGAUUGUGAUUGAUUGUCAACCGAGGUGGAGCGUGCCUAGCCUAGCCCAGACAAGAAAUCACAAUGACACGAUCGUACCGUCGGUUUGCAUUGGCUGCAAUACUUCUGCUAACGCUACACCAAACGCUCGGUGAACUGCAACGCGCUGCCACAGUAGCGAAAUCGAUUGGCAAAGCGGGGAGUGAAUCUUCGCCAAGGGUUGCGCAAGGGCACGGAGCGAACGAACGCCCGGAGCGGGUACGGGCACAGCUGGCCGGUGGAUUCAUCGACGAUGCGACGGUGCAUAAAAACGGUGGCGCAGCUCAACGGCAGCCGCACGGCACUGAUCAUCCACGAUCGCGCGCUCCGCCGUUUGCCGGAAAUGGACGGAAGAUGCCUGUCCACGGUACGAGUGGUCCGAUUCACACUUAUAUAAAAACGGACAAAAAUGCCAACUUUAAGUGGGGUGUGCGGCAUUUCGUGGGGGCAAAGUACGCCCGAUGAGCGCCGAGGCGGGGCGAGCGAAGCGAUUGUCAAUUAGCAAAGGCGGUACACGAUUAGCUAACUUGUAGCAAAUGGGUAAUUUAAUAUGUUUAGGGUUAAAGCUACGAUGUAGUUUUGGAUGAAAUUAUGCGUUAAACAGGGUGCAAUCGAGGUGAAAAUAAACAAUUUAGUUCCGGUAGUAAGACGGUGCGGCCGUAAUCUGGCACAAUCGUUGUUAAGGGCGGUCAUCAAUGGAGGAAGAUAUACUUACCAAAGUAUUUGUUUUCACA